AUGACGAUGGAAGAUGUCUGUUUCAAGUUGACGGUAGAAUUUGUCAAAUCUAUGUCUGAAUGGGAUGUCCAGGAAGACGACGUAGUAGAAAAUGUAAUGACAGCUCUCCUAACAAGUGUCAACAUGCAUCAAGUUGAAAACAAUGCAGAUGGCAACUGUCUUUUUGAAGCAUGUUCUUUUCUUAUAUAUGGUUCAGCACGCUAUCAUUUUCAAGUUAGAGCAGAGGCUGUACGUUUCAUUCAAGAAAAUGAACGCCUUUUUAAGGACGCUGUUCUUUCUGUGCAAGACAGCACCUACAACGCUAAAAACCAAAUAGAAGAUCAAGAUGCAACAGCAAAUGACACAACUGAUUUUAUGAAAUAUGUCGAAAGAAUGUCCACAAUUGGUGAAUGGGGAGAUGCAUUAUGUAUUGAGGCACUAGCAAUGGUUCAUAAGCUACAGUUGUCUUUGUUCGUUUCGCCUGCAUGCUACAGAGUAGAGUUUAAUGCUGACGAUGCUUCGACGAAACGUCAUAUUGCAUUGGCAAACUUAAACAACAGACUUUUUCGAGCUGUUCUUCCAGACAGUGUUUGUGACAGCCACUACAAGCCGCACUUCCCGGUACCAUCUGUUGCACUGAAUUCUGUGAAUGAAGCCAGUGUUUCCAACCUAACAAUCCACGAGUACUGUUCUCUGUUGGGAAGAAAAGGUAAUAAGUUUAAGUAUAUAAUUCAUUAUUAA